AGGAAGUGGACCACGUCAGCAGCCUGCCCACCACAGUCUGAGCUCAAAGUAGAAUCGACAACGCAGAGCAAGUAUGGAGUCCUCCUCGCUCAAGUCACCAAUGAAGCUUGUGCUUUUGACAGCAUGGCUCUCCAGUCUGAUGGACCCAUGCAGCCUCUCUGACAUUUGUGAUUCUUGUCACCAACUCGCAACGUGCAAGGCCCUCAACGGAUCAAACGAUGCCUGCUUCUGCAACAAUGGAUAUACUGGAGAUGGAACUUCAUUUUGCAAUGAUGACAAUGAGUGCCAGAAUGUGACUAACAUCUGUGGGGACAGGGGGAGCUGCACCAACACCGCGGGCAGCUACUACUGUACAUGUGUCUCUGGAUACACAUCAACGGGACUGGCUGAGUUCCAGCCCAACGACGGCACUGAAUGCAUCGAUAAAGAUGAAUGCAAGUACGGACAGGUGUGUGGACCAAACUCACACUGCCAGAAUACGAAUGGAUCUUUCUAUUGCAACUGUCAGCGUGAUUACAUCCCAACUUCAGGCACUAAGCACUUUCACCCAGAGGGAGGUGUACGAUGUAAAGAGCAUCCCCAAAAAUACUGCCAUGACAACAUCGGGUGCAUCACACAGACCGUCAACAAAACUCUCGAAUUUAUGAGCAACCUCACGGAGCCCCAGAGUCUGCUGGAGGAAAUUGCCAAGCAGACGUCCGGCGAACUCACCUCAGUGGAAGUGAUCGCAUAUGUUGAGGCCUUGAGUCGAUCCGCAUCAACACUGGCCGCCGGAGGAAAGGAUUACACUGUCAAACCAUCCGUCAUCAACUCCACUCUUACAAAAUUAGUGGAAGCAGUAAACAACUUAGUGGAGAAGGAUGAACUGGUGGCUUGGAGCCGAAUGGAGGAAGAGCAACGGGAACGCACCAUCACCAAGCUGCUACACACUGUAGAGGAAAGUGCUCUGUAUCUGGCUAACAACUACAAAACUCCAGCUGAGCUCCAAAUCAAAGCCACAGAAAUGGAACUGAAACUCUUUACCUUUGAUGCUCUUCACAUAAAAGCCAAACUGUCCGCGUCAAUGGGUGGCGAUCAUAUACAGCUAACUCCAAAACUAAGACCAGAGGAGGAUAGAAAUGGAAGUGUGUCAGUGGUGUUUGUGCGAUACGACAGCAUCGGUGACAUCCUGAAGCCGAGCAGCGACCCGGGUGUCACCGACUACUCUCGCUAUGCAGAGGCUGGGGAAAUCACUGUCAACUCCCAAGUCAUCGCUGCUGCCGUCAAACCUGCCAACGUUUACCAGCUCGACCACGUCUCCUUCACUCUGAGGCACAGCGAGCCCGUCGACACGACAGCUGAUGUGACUAUGUGUGCUUUCUGGGAGUACGAGCCGGAGAGCCUGCGGGGCCACUGGGCCACUCACGGCUGCAAGACCGUCCACGUCAACAGCAAUGCAACCACCUGCUCCUGCAAUCACCUCACACACUUUGCCAUCCUCAUGUCCUCUGGGCGAGCCAAUCUGGUGGCCCACUACACCAUCCUGACCCGGAUCACCCAGCUGGGGAUGAUCAUCUCCCUCAUCUGUCUGUCCAUGUGCAUCUUCACCUUCUGGUUCUUCAGUGAGAUCCAGAGCACCAGAACCACCAUCCACAAGAACCUGUGCUGCAGCCUCUUCAUGGCCGAGUUCAUCUUCCUGGUGGGGAUCAACAUGAACACACAUAAGCUUUUCUGCUCGGUUAUUGCCGGGUUGCUGCACUAUUUCUUCCUCGCCGCCUUUGCCUGGAUGUGCAUCGAGGGCAUCCAUCUGUACUUAAUCGUGGUCGGCGUCAUCUACAACAAAGGCUUCCUGCACCGCAACUUCUACAUCUUCGGCUAUGGGAGCCCCGCGGUGGUGGUGGCCAUCUCGGCAACACUCGGCUCCAAGUAUUACGGCACUGACAAAGUGUGUUGGCUGAGCACAGAAAACCACUUCAUAUGGAGCUUCAUUGGGCCGGCGUGUUUGAUCAUUCUGGUUAAUCUCUUGGCUUUUGGAGUGAUCAUCUACAAAGUGUACCGGCAUACUGCUGUGAAAAAGCCAGAAAUCAGCCACUACGAAAAUAUCAGGUCCUGUGCCCGUGGUGGCUUGGCUCUGCUGUUUGUGCUGGGAGCCACCUGGACUUUAGGAGUCCUUCACAUCCUCAAUGAGACCACCCUCACUGCCUAUCUGUUCACCAUCGCCAACACCUUCCAGGGCAUGUUCAUCUUCAUCUUCCUCUGUGUCUUGUCUAGAAAGAUUCAGGAGGAGUACUACAGACUUUUCAAAAACGUGCCGUGUUGUUUUGAAUGCCUGAGAUGAAGGACCGCGACCGAAGCCUGAUCCCUUAUACUGUACAAUAAUAGUCGACGCUUUCAGUUUAAAAAAACAGUACGGGAGGAAUUUAGAACAGAUGUCUUACAAAUGAGCACUUGUAAUUCGUAAUGGUCUUUUUGCCUCUUUUAAAGACUGCUCUAUACAUUUGUAAUACAUACAAUAGAACUAGACUUCUGUAUCAACAUUUUCACAUUAUACAUACUACUGAGUGUAAAGCAAAAGUUUUUUGUUCCUGUUUAAUUUAACGCCUCUGCGGUUUCUGGCAUUACACUUCAAAUAACACAGUGUGUUGGCUCUGUUCCUUUCUGGUGUUUUAAAUUGAUCUGUAAAUUAUUUAAAAUGAAUGUGGCAAACUCUGGCAUCUCUGCUGCUCACUUGUAUGCGCAAAAUCAAAAGCCUUGUUUAAUGCAUUCUCCACCUCCCUUUUAUGAAGAUCACACAGUAUAUUUCAGUUGAAUUGACAGGAUGGUUUCACACGAGGGCAUUGCCGAAGGUCACUAGCCCCCUCUACUGGACACAAUGAGGAACCACAUAUGACCCAAAGCUGGCAAAGCUUUGAUUCCGCUGCACUAGCUCCUCGUUGUGUAUUAGUUAAUGUGUGUAGCAUGUUGGUCCAUAUGAGCUAUGUUGUAGCCCUUUAAGGCCUUUUUAUACUGGGAUGUACAGAAAUAAAUAUUGUGGUUGAUUUUU